UCUCCAAUCAUGUGGAGUAGGAUCGCACCUUUCAUUUUUUCCAAUCUAUUUUCUGCUCCGAUCACUGAUAAAUAAAUUUCAUAUCGCUGUUUAAAUCUUUUCCAGUUUUCAGCUACAUUUCCAGUCAGCUAAAGCGUUGAUAGGAGUUGCAAAACUGCCAUUUUUAAAGCUGUUAGCCAACAACGCAAAAGAUCACGCUUUUUUUUUGAUUAUCUUUGCUUCUCCCAUGUUAGCAAAAUGAAUUAUUCUUCCAGACCGACUUCUGACACCAUGUUGUGUUCUUUAUACGUACUGUGGGUUACUCAUAAAGACACAUAUUCUGAAAGAACGUAACUGAAACUUUUAUUUAACAGCAAACAGCAACCACAUCUAUCAUACAAGCUUCUCGAUCAUUCUGUCAGUUCUGCACAUGCUCCAACUCUGUCCAAUCACGUUCUUACACGUGACACGUGAUAUCACCACAGGAACCAUUAGAGGAGAGCUGAAGAGCAAAUGGAGGAUGCUGUGGGUAGCAGUUGGACCGAACCAGGAUGGGAAAGGGGACAAGAAUGUGGGCACUAAAGCUGAACCUGAAAAGUUGGAAAAUUCAAUGUUCAGACAUUCAGUCUCUUGUGGCUCCAACUCAAGAAUGAAAAAAAAAUGCUGCACUCUCUUUGAUUAAGUACAGUACUCAGGCAGUGAGGAUUAUGUAACUGGAGGAAGCUCUCCUUCUUACUCUACCCAAAUCAACUUGUAAGUAAGGCUAACUUAACAUAAGCCUUCCUUUUUGAAUGCUGAAUUUACACAUUAAUUUAACAAUUGUGACUUUUAAAUUUUUUAAUUUAGAGGUACAGCAUGAACCAGUCCCUUCCUACCUAAUGAGCCACACUGCCCACCAUUCCAACUAUUUAUCCAUAACCUAAUCACAGGUCUUUAAAGUGACCAAUUAAGCAAUGAAUUGGUACAUCUUUGGACGGUGGGAGGAAACCAGUGUACUGGAGGAAACAUAUACGCACUUAGGAAGGACAUGCAAACUUUCUUACGGAGGGCGCCAACACUCCAAACUCCAGUAUCCUGAGCAGUAAUAGCAUUGUGCUAACUACUAUGCUACUGUGGCUCCCUGGGUUGAGGAUGUCCUCUAGUCUUUCGGUAAAACCCAAGCCAAGUGUUUGUUAUAAAACACUGAAAUCCGGUCAUUGCUUUUCUUUCGCCCUCCUUUCUCCUUCAUUUUUCCUUUUGUUUUCCUCUUUUGUAUUUUCUCUCUGGAAUGCGCUGCCAGAGGAAAUGGUGGAGAUUUGUGAUUUGUGUUCCUCUGAACACACAUUUAAGGAAAAAUAUUCCACCCUUCUUUUCAAACCCAAUUAGCUAAUUUCCUCAGAUUUCAAUAGGAGUUUGAGGAAGUUUGGUGUGUCACAAAAGACUCAAGCAAAUUUUUACAGAUGUACCGUGGAGAGCAUUCUAACUGGUUGCAUCAUCACCUGGUAUGUUGUGGGUCACUGCACAGAACAUGAUAAAGCUGUGGAGGGCUGAAAACUCAGCCAGUUUUAUCCUAGGCACUAGCCUCCCUAAUGUCAAAGACAUCUUCAAAAGGUGAGGCCUCAAGAAACUAUCAUCCAUUACCAAGGACCCUCACCAUCCAAGACAUGCUCUCUUCUCAUUACUACCAUCAGGGAGGAGGUAUAGGAGCCUGAAGACCAACACUCAACAUUUUAGGAACAGUUUCUUCCUCUCCGCCAUCAGAUUUCUAGAUGCCCAUGAAACCCAUGAACACUACCUCACUGUUUCUUUCUCUCUUUGCACUACUUAUUUUUUAUAUUUCUUAUUAUAACUGAUAGCAAUUUUUAAUAUUUUGCAUUGAACUGUUACCACAAAACAAAAAAAAUCAUGACAUUUAUCAAGGAUAAUAAAACCUGAUUCUGAUUUCCACAUUAUGUUUCAUCUUCCACAUCCUUUCCUCUGACCAAGACCCUUAAUAUCUCUCUGAUGCCUCUCUGUAUCGUUCUCACUCUUCAACCUAGACUUGCAUUAUCAGUAAACUUGAAUCCAGUUCAUUAAUAUAAACUCAGUGGCUAGUUUAUUAGGUACACCUUUACACCUGCUCGUUAAUGCGAACAUCUAAUUAGCCAAUCAUGUGGCAGCAAGUCAAUGCAUAAAAACUUGCAGACCUGGUCAAGAGGUUCAAUUGUUGUUCAGAUCAAAAAUCAGAAUGGGGAAGAAAUGUGAUCUAAUUGACUUUGACCAUGGAAUGAUUGUUGGUGCCAGACGGGAUGGUUUGAGUAUUCAGAAACUGCUGAUCUCCUGGGAUUUUCAUGCACAAUCAUCUCUAGAAUUUACAGAGAAUGGUGAGAAAACAAAAUAAAUCCAUUGAGCAGCAGUUAUGUGGGUGAAAAUCCCUUGUUAAUGAGAGAGGUCAGAGGAGAAUGGCCAGACUGUUUCAAGCUGACGGGAAGGUGAGAGUAACUCAAAUAACCACAUGUUACAACAGUGUUGGGCAGAAAAGCAUUUCUGAAUGCACAACAUGUUGAACCUUAAAGUGGAUGGGCUACAGUGCAGAAAAUCCUUCCAGGUUCCACUCAUGUGCCUAAUAACAUGGCCAGUGAGUGCAAAUUACAAAAUGUUUCCUUAAGAGCUGCCAGCAUCUUAGAGCAAAUCAGCUACCCAUUUUCACCACCAACAAGAAAGGCUCACAUCAAGAUCCUGGAAACAUGGACUUCUUCGCAUAUCUCAGAAGCUACUUCCACGGUUAAGGCAGACAUCAGUGAUGAAAUCAUCUCCAGUGCAACAUCACAGCCUUUGGUGAAGUGAGGAAAAAAACUUAAACAGUUCUAUGCAAGUGGUUCUGCUCUACCACAACAUUCUUAAUAAUUCAAACUUCUAGAGGAACUCAGCAGAUAGGCAGCAUUUAUAUGUCUGGAUAAGGAGUCAAUGUUUCAUUCUGAGACAAUUCAUAAGAACUUCAGGAUCUCGGUAUGAAACAGCAACUGUCUAUCCCUCUCAGUCAUUGCUGCCUGAAUUUGUUACGUUCCAUCAGCAUUUUGUGUGUGUUACUCUGGAUUUCCAUCAUCCACAGAAUUUCUUGUAUUUAUAAUCUGUGUUCUUAAGAAAUCUCACAUUAUUGAAAACUGCAUUAUAAAAUCAAAAGAGGUGGAGUUUCAGUCUUGCAAUAACGAAAUUAUUUUCCUGAAGGAUUUUCAAAAAUGAUUUUUUUUAAUAGCUAUAAGCUUAUUCAGUUACUGCAAGAUAAAGAUUAAAAAUGCUGUAUGUUACAUUGUUUAAUUAAGUAUCUUUGCACAAGUAUUAUAGAAGCGAUUGUCAAUUUCUAGGAAAUCAACCAACUUCCUGGUGAAACCAGCAGAGUGUAUUCUUAAGAAACAAUGGUGUCCAAUUACUGCAGGGAGGUAUACCGAUUAUUUCACAUCCCGCAGACCUUUUUUUUUGUCCUGUCAAUUUGUAAAGUAACUCUUUAGAGGUUCCCUAAUCCCCCAUCAAACUCCUAUUAUGUACAAUCUGGAUGCAAUAAAACAAAUAGUAUUUUUUAAAUUCCUCAGCCGUAUUAUAUCAAACAAAUAUUAUUGAAAAAAAAUAAGCAGGACUACCUGUACAGAUGUUUCCAGCGAAGUACACUGGCUGAGAGCCACACACAUCAAACAUUGGUCAAUGAACCCCUGUGCAUGACUUCACUAACUUUGCUCUCUUUCUGCACUAUUUAGUUAUCUUUUUAAUAUUUAUUUCUUAUUAUAAUUUAUAGUAUGUUUCAUUCAUUGCACUGUACUGUUACUGCAAAACAAGAAGUUUCACAACAUAUGUUAAUAGUAGUGAGGUCUGUUCUGUACCUAAUAAAGUGGCCACUGAGUAAAUGUUUGUGGUCUUCUGCUGCUGCAGUGCAUGCUGUUGUGCAUUCAGAGAUCACUGCGCAUCACUGUUGUAACAUAUGGUUAUUUCAGUUACUGUCAUUUUCCUGUCAGCUUGAGCCAAUCUGGCCAUUCUCCUCCGACCUCUCUCAUGACCCCUGUCUUCACCCACAGAACAGCCACUCACUGGAUGUUUUUUUGUUUUUCGCACCAUUCUCUGUAAACUCAGGGGCAGGAGUUUCCACCCUGGGGUCCACAGGCCGCUCGGUUAACGGUAGGGGUCCAUGGCAUAAAAAAGGUUGGGAACCUCUGUUUUAGAGACCGUUGUGUGUGUUUCUGAUGACAACAAUCAUUCCAUGAUCAAAUUCACACAGAUCACAUUUCUUUCCCAUUCUGAUGUUUGAUCUGAACAACUGAACCUCUUGACCAUGACUGCAUGCUUUUACGCAUUGAGUUGCUGCCAUAUGAUUGGCUGACUAGAUAUUUGCAGUAACGAGCAGAUGUAUUGUUGUACCUAAUAAAGUGGCCACAGAGUGUCUAUCAGUGAUAAUGAUUCUGAUUCUGACAUCUGCCAGGCCACAAGGUGGCAGCAUCGAACAGUGUUUUGAAUUAAGCUUCAGACAAGUUCAGACAAAGCAUUUCGCCCUGUCUAUUUUAAAAUGAGAACUUGUUGUUUCUCACAGGGUUAGAAAACAACAUUUGAAUGGAGACACGUGGAGACAAGUCUACCUGGGUUUACUACAAGGCAGUGAUUUGCCAAGGAGUCGUUACUCUAGUAACCUCAGGGAGAGAGCAGGCCCACGUGUUUUUCCAGACACUGAGAUGAAAUUAGAUUACAACUUUCAACUAAUAUACUAGGAUCUAUUUUUAAACAAACACUGACAAAUAUUAUUUAUGACAUUGGUGAACAAUGACUCUUCCAACACUGGAUCACAGAUGCUCAACAUCAGAAGGCUUAGUGGAUGGAGAACUGAGAUUGAUGUUUUCAAUCAUAUCUUUUCAGAAAAAUGCAAUCUCCAUAUCCCCCUGAGUUGCUUACAUGAUGCAAUUAAUUUGGCAAGUUUAGAUAGAUUGCUCUCGUUUAAUUAUCCCGAUAUUCAGAGCAAUAAAUACAUGGGAUGACACUGCAGUUUUGAGAGAGAUACAGAGAGUUACACACAGAUGUGACAGACAGCGAGAGAGAGAGAAAGAGAGAGAGGGAGAGAGAGAGGGAGAGAGAAAGAGAGAGAGAGAGGGAGAGAGAGAGAAAGAGGGAGAGACUUAGACACAGGGAAACCGAGACUUAGAGAGAGAGGGGCAGAGAUACAGACACACAGAGGCAGAGACACAGAGACAGACAGACAGACUGACAUAGUGAGAAAGACAGGUAGACAGACAGAUACAGAGAAAGGCAGGGAGACAGACAUAGAAAGAGAGAGACAGAGGCAGGAGAUGUCGACGGAGAGAGAGAGAAAGGCAGAGACACAGAGAGGCACUGAAUACAUUUAUUAUUAAAGUACAUAAAUAUUACCAUAUAUUAGCUUCAGUUAAAUUCACUUACAUGUAUUUACAUGAAAAUAAAGAAAUGCAGUACAAUUUAUGAAAAACUAUACAUAAAAAGACUGACAUACAACCAAUGUUCAAAAGAAAACAAAUGAUGAAAAAUAAAUACAUAAAUAAUACUGUGAACAUGAAACAGGAACAGAGAGAGAGAGGGAGAGAGAGAGACAGACAGAGAAAGGCUAAGAGAAAAUAUCCUGCCCUUCCUUCAGUAUAUCAGUUUGGUUUCGGAAAAGUAAAAAAAAUGAUAAAUUGCAUCCAAGUCUGAGCCAUGAGUCACUAGAUAUAGAAACCUCACAAUUUUUAUCUGGCAGAAUGUGAAGUAUUAGGGUAAAGCAUUUUGAACCUGACACGCUGUCUGACCAGCCACACUCUCCUUCAUCAGAUACCGUAGCAGGAUGAGCUCAAGAGCCAGAGAUAUGGGCCAUGCACAAUCCUGAUUUGGUGGAGACGGACGUGAGAACUACGGAGGAACAUCUGGAGAAGCUUCUGAAAUGCCUGCUUCGCGGCUGCUGCUACUGUGCGAUCGAGAAUCUCUGGAGGGGAAGGCCCCAAAUCCUCAGCUUUGCCUAUUGCCUGUUGCCGGGGCUGGGGUCGAAGCGCUCGGCAGAGAUGGUGCUCGGUGCUCAGUGUCGGAGGGCUGGUCGGAAGCUCCAAGUUUUCGGAUGGACUCAGAGUUGGACUGUGGUCGAGUGCUUCCAGGAUGCUGCAUCGGCAAGUUUGUGGUACUGGAAGCUCAUGGCAUGGAGAGUUUCUCCCUUCCACCGUCUGCGUGAAAUGAUGGGACUUUCGAGAAGCUUUGAGACUUUUUUUUUACCGUGCCCAUGGUCUGUUCUUCAUCAAAUUACGGUAUUGCUUACACUGUUGUAACUAUAUGUUAUAAUUAUGUGGUUUAUGUCAAUUUUUUUUAGUCUUGGUUUGUCUUGUGUUUCUGUGGUAUCAUUCUGGUGGAACAAAUUGUAUCAUUUCUUAAUGCAUGCAAUACUAAAUGACAAUAAAAGGGGACUGCGUAUCCUCAUAACCUAAUCUAAUCUAAUUUAAUACAUAUGCAUGGUUGAUUGAUAAUUAAACGAAUUUGAACUACGUUGUUGAGAUGGAUAUAGAGGGCUAUGGUCCAGGAGUGGGUUAAUGGGACCAAGCAAAAUAGCAGUUUGGAAUUGCCUAGAUGGGCUGAAGGGCCUGCUUUUCUGUGCUGUGCGGUUCUAUGACUUUGAAAGUCAGUGCAAAAGACUAACACAGCGUUAGAUCACACAGCAGUUCAAAACAUCCCACAUCAGAUUUUAUUGAGCUCUGGGUUCCAGUAAAUGCUUUUAAUAAAGGGUAGAUAUACUGAAUAUUUAAUUAUCACUUUGUUAGACAGUAACCUGUUUGGCAGCUCGGUGUGUACUUCUGGUGAAUAACCAAGGAGCUGGUCUGCUGAUGUAAGCUCAGUUACAUGGUUGUUGGGAUGUGAGAUUCAAUUAGAUGAAAUAGUUGGACUUCGGCCAUAUUCCACUGAGAUACAACACUGGGCGGCACGGGAGGUCGUUCCUGCCUGUGGCCAUCGAACUUGCAGCUCCUCCCGUGGAGGGUCAGACACCCUGAGCCAAUAGACUGGUCCUGGACUUAUUUUCCAUCUGGCGUAGUUUGCAUUUUGUCAUUUGAUUGUUUGUGGUUUUUGUAUUGCUAUAUUUAUGCUCUAUUCUUGGUUGGUGUGGCCGUAACGAAACCCAAUUUUCCUCGGGAUCAAUAAAGUCAGUCUGUCUGUCUGUCUGUCUGUCUGUCUGUCUGUCUGUCUGUCUGUCUGUCUGUCUGUCUAUCUAUCUAUCUAUCUAUCUAUCUAUCUAUCUAUCUAUCUAUCUAUCUAUAAAAGCCUUGUCCACAAACUGUUUGGAUUAGCAUGAAAUACUUCAGGUUCACCACUGAGUUCAAAAGUCAGGAAGUUAUAUUGCAACUUUAAUUGGUUCACACAACAUUGUGGGCCAUGAGGCCUGUUGCUGCUAAACUGUUCUAUGUUCUGUCUUUUAGGAAAGGGAAUAAAUUCCAUUCUUGUCUAUUGGUAAUUCCAGAAUCUCCACUGUCAUUGACCAACUCAUCUACAAAGUGAACAGAGACAACUCAGGGGCAAAUACCAGUCACAGGGUGGUGACGAAGGCUUUUGGCUCAACGGCACUGAGUGUAGAGGUUAGGAUGCUAUGUUGUCAUACAAGAUGUUAGUGAGGCAGAAUAUAGAAUAUUGUUUUCAGCUUUGGUCACCCUGUUAUGGGAAAGAUGUUAUUAAGCUGGAGAGAGUGCAGAAGGUAUUUACAAUAAUUUUGCUGGAAAUUGUGGAACUAAGUUAGGUUAAGCGGUUAGGACUUUAAUCAUUUGAAAGGUGGGGGGGGUGAUCAUAUAGAGGUGAGUAAAAUCAUGAGGGCAUAGAUGGGGUGAACACACACAGUCUUUCCCCAGGGUCACAGAAUGAAGAACGAGAGGACAUAGGUUUAAAAUGAGAGAGCAGAAAUUUAAUAGGAAACCAAGGGGCAAUAAGAAAACAUCAGAGGUUGGUAGGUAUAUGGAAUGAAUUGCCAGACAAAAUGGUUGAAGCAGGCAAAGUAUUUGUCAACAUGGAACGGAGAGCAAGUUUGUAAAUCUGGCAGGAACAAACUAUGUUGGGUGUGGCGAGGGUGGAGUGCCGUGGGAGGGGUGUGGGACAGGUGUUAGAGACAGUGCCAGGGGUGGGAGGGGGUGAUGCAGGCAUGUGGGUGCAGACAGACCCAACUGUGAGACACCAAGCACGGCCAUUUGAUUCCAAGCAAUUGGUUUAUUGAUUAUUACAGAAUGUCUGUCUGGCGUUUCCCACUCCCUCCCCUCUCCCUUCCCCUUUUUCCCAACCAUGAUUCCCCUCUCCCUGCCCCCUUCCCACUCUCAGUCCACAAUAGAGACCCAUAUCAGACUCAGGUUUAUCAUUGCUCACAUGGGAACUCAAGCUAUAUUUAUGUGCCUAAGAUUUCUGUACAGUGCUGAGCCCAUUGCUAUACACUCUGCUCACACAUGACUGCAGAGACAACCACCCAAGUAACCAUAUUGUCGAGUUCACCGCUGACAUGACAGAUGGUCGGAUUUAUCACCAACAGUGAGACAACCUAUAGCGAGAAGGUGGAAGAGCUUGAGGCCUGGUGGCAAAUAAAUAACCUCUUUCUCAAUGACUACAAGAAAAAAACAUGAUUAUCGACUUCAGGAGAACUUGCUCCACUCACCCCGCCCCCCGACCCCUUUACAUUGGCAGCACAGUAGUGGAAAAUGGACAUAGUUUCAAACUCCUGGUGGUGUAUAUCUUGUGCAAACACUCACGGUCCCAGAAUACACUCAGGAAAGCCUUUACUUUCUGAGGAGUCUGAAGAGACCUGGACUAUGCUCAUGCAUACCCACAUAUUUCUUCAGAUGUGUAGUAGAGAGCGUCCUGACAUGCUGUAUUACUGUAUGGUACGGAAACUGCUCUGCGGCGGACAAGAAGGCUCUGCAACGGGUGGUCAAAACUGCCCAACAUUACCUGUCACCCACAGUAUAUGUACAGAAAGCUGCCUGAAAAGGUCCAGUAACAUCAUGAAGGAUCCCACCCACCCUGCUCACAGACUGUUUGUCCCACUCCUGUUCGGAAGGAGACUACAUAUCAUCUAUGCCAGGACCACUAGACUUAAAAACAGUUACUUUCCCCAAGCAGUAAGGCUGAUCAACACCUCCACCCACUAACCCACCCCUCCAUUUCCGCAACCCAACCACAACUACUUUAUCGUUUCCUGUCAGUUACCUUACGUACAGACGCUCCUGUGUCUAGAGUCACUUUAUAGACAUACAAUCAAUUCUGUAUAUAAGCUGUCUUAUGUAUUUAUAUUUAUUGUGUUUUUAUUAUUAUUAUUGUAUUCUUAAUCUUAUUGUGUUUUUGCUCUUCUUCAGAUCCUAAGUAAUAAUUAUUUUAUUCUCCUUUACACUUGUAUACAAGAAAUGGCAUUAAACAAUCUUAAACAAUCUUGAACCAAACAUAAUGACUGUUCUUUACAGUAUGAAUGGUUGUUAUGCACUAGCAUUUCAGUGCAUAACCCUGGAAUCCUUUACUUUAAACUCUGGAAAGCAAACUGUGCUUUUCAUUAUAAUGUCAUGUAAACUGAUUGAGUAGUUAGCUUGGUAUAUGAGUGUACAGUACAAGUAACCAUUUUAAGCCAAGUUUCUGAAGCAGGAAACAGACCAAUUUGACCAACAUCAUGUUUCUCUUCUACGGAUGGCAAAGAUGCAGAACGUAUUACCAGAUCUCAGCCAUGUCCAGUGGACUGACCUUCAGGCAAGGAAGUUAGCUGAUCAUUCAAUUCUGAAUUGUACAAAACAAAAUGCACUGCUUGCUGGAAAUAAAGGCAAAGAAAAGCUGGGAAUCCAAUACAGUAAAUGCUUGUGUCUAAUAUUCAGCUCUUGUGACAGAAAGUGGUGGACACCAUCACAGGGAAAGUUCUCCCCACCAUUGAAUACAUAUACAUGGAGCCCUGUCACAAGACAGCAGCAUCUAUCAUCCAAGUCCCUCCACCACCUAGGCCAGAAUGUACACACCAUCAAGCUGAGAAUCAGUUAUUACCCGACCACCAUCAGGCUCCUAAACCCAACAGACCCACUUUCAAGUGAAUGAAUCUCAGGGUAGCAUAAGAUAAUAUACUACUUUGAUAAUAAAGCAACUUUGAACUUUGAAUAAACUUAUUUUGAAAUUUGAACAGUAGCAAGAUCUUAGGGCAGGUCACACACUUGGGUCAGGUUUGUGCGUCUAAGCCAAGGAACUCAAAAAUAAUCUGUAAUUCUCAUAAUUGAAAUGACUUUGAUGCUCUUCUUUUGUUUUUUUUGUUUUCUUUUGUGGCUCUUUGUUUCGUAGCUAUCUGUAAGAAGAUGAAUCUCAAGGUUGUAUAAGGUAUACAUAUCUUAAUAAUAAAUGUACUUUGACUUUGAUUUUGAAUUUAUAAAUUUAUUAAUUUGCCUUCAAAUCAGUGGACCCAAUUAUAAAAUGAAGGGAUUAUAAACUUACCCAAGUACCAAACAUGGAUUUAGUUGAUCACUAUGAACCAAACGACCCAAGUAUAAAUUUUUACACUUCGUGAGGCACUUUUCCCAAUACUAGUCUUUCCAUCAGUGCUUUGAAAAACAUCUCAUAUCUAUUUACACUUAUUACUGUUAUGAACCAAGAUGCAUUGUUGAAUUCAAGGCUGCAUACCAAACCAUUUGUUACAGAGCUAAUUAUCUUAUCAAACUAAUCUUAUAGAAAAGACCUUGUAUUGAAAGGUGAAGUGAUUAAGGAGAAUAUGAGGGGAAACUUCUUCACUCAGAUGGUUGUGGAUUCAACUUGGAUUUCAAUAUUCAUAAAGACCAAAAGACCAUAAGACGUAGGAGCAGAAUUAGGCCAUCUGGCCCAUUGAGUCUGCUUCGCCAUUCAAUCAUGGCUGCUCCUUUUUUCCUAUCUCCUCCUCAACCUCAGUUCCCGGAUUUAGAAACAUAGAAACCUAGAAAAUAGGUGCAGGAGUAGGCCAUUCGGCCCUUCGAGCCUGCACCGCCAUUUAUUAUGAUCAUGGCUGAUCAUCCAACUCAGAACCCAGCCUUCCCUCCAUACCCCCUGACCCCUGUAGCCACAAGGGCCAUAUCUAACUUCCUUUUAAACAUAGCUAAUGAACUGGCCUCAACAGUUGGCUGUGGCAGAGAAUUCCACAGAUUCACCACUCUCUGUGUGAAGAAGUUUUUCCUAACCUCGGUCCUAAAAGGCUUCCCCUCUAUCCUCAAACUGUGACCCCUCGUUCUAGACUUCCCCAACAUCGGGAACAAUCUUCCCGCAUCUAGCCUGUCCAAUCCCUUUAGGAUCUUAUACGUUUCAAUCAGAUCCCCCCUCAAUCUUCUAAAUUCCAACGAGUACAAGCCCAGUUCAUCCAGUCUUUCUUCAUGUGAAAGACCUGCCAUCCCAGGAAUCAAUCUGGUGAACCUUCUUUGUACUCCCUCUAUGGCAAAGAUGUCUUUCCUCAGAUUAGGGGACCAAAACUGCACACAAUACUCCAGGUGUGGUCUCACCAAGGCCUUGUACAACUGCAGUAGUACCUCCCUGCUCCUGUACUCGAAUCCUCUCGCUAUAAAUGCCAGCAUACCGUUCGCCUUUUUCACCGCCUGCUGUACCUGCAUGCCCACUUUCAAUGACUGGUGUAUAAUGACACCCAGGUCUCGUUGCACCUCCCCUUUUCCUAAUCGGCCACCAUUCAGAUAAUAAUCUGUUUUCCUAUUUUUGCCUCCAAAGUGGAUAACUUCACAUUUAUCCACAUUAAAUUGCAUCUGCCAUGAGUUUGCCCACUCACCCAACCUAUCCAAGUCACCCUGCAUCCUCUUAGCAUCCUCCUCACUGCUAACACUGCCACCCAGCUUUGUGUCAUCCGCAAACUUGGAGAUGCUGCAUUUAAUUCCCUCAUCCAAGUCAUUAAUAUAUAUUGUAAACAACUGGGGUCCCAGCACUGAGCCUUGCGGUACCCCACUAGUCACCGCCUGCCAUUCUGAAAAGGUCCCGUUUAUUCCCACUCUUUGCUUCCUGUCUGCUAACCAAUUCUCCACCCACACCAAUACCUUACCCCCAAUACCGUGUGCUUUAAGUUUGCACACUAAUCUCCUGUGUGGGACCUUGUCAAAAGCCUUUAGAAAAUCCAAAUAUACCACAUCCACUGGUUCUCCCCUAUCCACUCUACUAGUUACAUCCUCAAAAAAUUCUAUGAAAUUCUAAAAAUUCUAAUUCUAUUUCUCCCUGUAACCUUUGAUGCCAUGUCCAAUCAAGAACUUAACAAUCUCUGCCUUAAAUACCCCAACGACCUGGCCUCCACAGCUGCAUGUAGCAACAAAUUCCUCAAAUUCACCACCCUUUGUCUACGGAAAUUUCUCUGUAUAUCUGUUUUGAAAGGGCACCCUUCUAUUCUGAGUCUGUGCCCUCUUAUCCUAGACUCUCUCCAUCAUGCCUCCCGGGUGCCAGGGUCAAGGAUGUCUCUGAUCGAUUGCAUGACAUUCUGAAGUGGGAGGGUGAUCAGCCAGAUGUUGUGGUGCACAUCGGUACCAAUGACAUAGCAAGGAAGAGUGAAGAGGUCCUGGACAGUGAGUAUAGAGAGCUUGGUAGGAAGUUGAAAAGCAGGACCUCGAGGGUGGUAAUCUCAGGAUUGCUACCUGUGCUAGGUGCCAGUGAGGGUAGGAAUAGGAUGCUCUGGAGGAUGAACAAGUGGCUGAGGAACUGGUGUAGGGGGCAGGGUUUCAGAUUUCAGGAUCAUUGGGACCUCUUCUGGGGCAGGUGGGACCUGUACAAGAGAGAUGGGUUACACUUGAACUACAGGGGGACCAAUAUCCUUUCAGGGAGGUUUGUUAAUGCUAUUGGGGGGGCUUUAAACUAGAUUUGCAGGGGGAUGGGAACCACAGUACCAGAGCUGACAGUGUGGCUGGGGUGAAAAUAAAUGAUGUUAAAAGUUCAAGCAAAUCCACUAAUAGAAAGGUUGUGAGUGGUGGUAAAAAUCUUCUGAGGUGUAUAUAUUUCAAUGCCAGGAGUAUUGCGGGGAAGGCGGAUGAGUCGAGGGCGUGGAUUGACAUGUGGAAUUAUGACGUUGUAGCAAUUCGUGAAACUUUCUACAGGAGGGGCAGGACUGGGGCAGCUUAAUAUUCCAGGGUUCCGAUGUUUCAGAUGUGAUCGAGGCAGAGGAAUGAAAGGUGGGGGAGUGGCAUUGCUUGUUAGGGAAUAUAUUACAGCAGUGCUCAGGCAGGACAGAUUAGAGGGCUUGUCUACUGAGUCCUUCUGGGUGGAGCUAAGAAACAGGAAAGGUAUGGCCACAUUAGUGGGAUUGUAUUACAGACCACCCAAUAGUCAAAGAGAAUUGGAAGUGCAAAUCUGCAGAGAGAUAGCAGGCAACUGCAGGAAACAUAAAGUUGUGGUGGUAGGGGAUUUUAAUUUUCCAUAUAUUGAUUGGGUCUCCCAUACUGUUAGGGGUCCAGAUGGUUUAGAGUUUGUAAAAUGUGUUCAGGAAAAUUUUCUAAAUCAAUAUAUAGAGGGACCAACUAGAGGGGAUGCAAUAUUGGAUCUCCUGUUAGGAAAUGAGUUAGGACAAGUGACAGAAGUCUGUGUAGGGGAGCACUUUGGUUCCAGUGAUCAUAACACCAUUAGUUUCAACUUGAUCAUGGACAAGGAUAGAUCUGGUCCUAGGGUUGAGGUUCUUAACUGGAAGAAGGCCAAAUUUGAAGAAAUGAGAAAGGAUCUAAAAAGCGUGGAUUGGGACAGGUUGUUCUCUGGCAUGGAUGUGAUCGGUAGGUGGGAAGCCUUCAAAGUGGAAAUUGUGAGAGUGCAGAAUUUGUAUGUUCCUGUCAGGAUUAAAGGCAAGGUGAAUAGGAAUAAGGAACCUUGGUUCUCAAGGGAUAUUGCAACUCUGAUAAAGAAGAAGAGGGAGUUGUAUGAUGUGUAUAGGAAGCAGGGAGUAAAUAAGGUGCUUGAGGAGUAUAAGAAGUGCAAGAAAAUACUUAAGAAAGAAAUCAGGAGGGCUAAAAGAAGACAUGAGGUUGCCUUGGCAGUCAAAGUGAAGGAUAAUCCAAAGAGCUUUUACAGGUAUAUUAAGAGCAAAAGGAUUGUAAGGGAUAAAAUUGGUCCUCUUGAAGAUCAGAGUGGUCGGCUAUGUGCGGAACCAAAGGAAAUGGGGGAGAUCUUAAAUAGGUUUUUUGCGUCUGUGUUUACUAAGGAAACUGGCAUGAAGUCUAUGGAAUUAAGGGAAACAAGUAGUGAGAUCAUGGAAACUGUACAAAUCGAAAAGGAGGAGGUCCUUGCUGUCUUGAGGAAAAUUAAAGUGGAUAAAUCCCCGGGACCUGACAGGGUGUUCCCUCGGACCUUGAAGGAGACUAGUGUUGAAAUUGCAGGGGCCCUGGCUGAAAUAUUUAAAAUGUCGCUGUCUACAGGUGAGGUGCCGGAGGAUUGGAGAGUGGCUCAUGUUGUUCCGUUGUUUAAAUAAGGAUCGAAAAGUAAUCUGGGAAAUUAUAGGCCAGUAAGUUUAACGUCGGUAGUAGGUAAGUUAUUGGAGGGAGUACUAAGAGACAGAAUCUACAAGCAUUUGGAUAGACUGAGACUUAUUAGGGAGAGUCAACAUGGCUUUGUGUGUGGUAGGUCAUGUUUGACCAAUCUAUUGGAGUUUUUCGGGGAGGUUACCAGGAAAGUGGAUGAAGGGAAGGCAGUGGAUAUUGUCUACAUGGACUUCAGUAAGGCCUUUGACAAGGUCCCGCAUGGGAGGUUAGUUAGG